ACGGCGCCGUGUUUACAGCGAACACAGGAGACUGCAGACUGACCGAGGGAGACCGUGCGUGUACCUGUGCAUUAAUCUGUCUAACCACGCUGCCCGUUUGGCUAUAUAUUGGCGAAAAGCACCGAGUUGCAAAAAAUCUUGACCAAAUCAGAUGCUUUGCAGUCCGAUAUUACUUUUGCCAUCAACGACGUCUACAACAAGGCAGUGUGUGUGAGUGUGUGAUGACCGGCUGAGGAGGAGGAGAAGGAGGUGGAGGAGAAGGAAGRAGGCUUCGGUCUGAAACCAGAUUUUGUCGUGGAUAUUUCCACAGAGAGGUUGCGUCGUUCAGAUAACAGUGCUGUGCUCMAAUGCAAGCGUGCCUUUGGAUGCCCCGCUUCACCUCGUUUCACCCCCAUUUUACGGCUAGUCUGAACCGUUUAAUGCUUCCCGAAGACCCUGCAGCAGCAGGACAUUGAAGAUUUUUUUCCCCCCCUGUUGAUAUGGAGUGUGAAGAUGUGGAUUACGAUCACCGAGGAAUCCCCGCCGCUAGUUUAGCCGCCAUGCUUUCAUUAUACACGUCAAUGCAGCGCUGUGUUUGGCAGGGAUAGAGUGAGCUAUGAAUACGCGCUGUCUGGCCAGCGGGAUAAAUCGGUGAUUUUUGGAGCACGACUGGACUCCCGUUAGGAAACGUGAGAGAGCAGCCUCGCUAGCCUCCUGGCAGUAGCUAUUAGCUCCAUUAGCCGGCUAACAGCUACAAGGUACUUGUUGGAGAUUUGUUGUUGUUUUUUUUCUUAAAAAGGGUGUUUGACCGCUGUGGCCGGGUUUUGCCCACGUUUCCAUCUUCGUAAUUCAUCUUCCCGCGGGAUUGUUUGGUGAAUUUACGUGUACGGGGAUGAGGUCUCAAAUGGAAGGGAGCCGCUUGACCUUGUUUGGGGGUCUGAUGCUGGCUCUGUCCUCCUGCCUUCGGCCCGCCACCGCAGAGAUCUGCACUCCCAGUAUCGACAUCGGCAACAACAUUAGUGAAUUCAGACAACUGGAGAACUGCACAGUGGUGGAGGGCUACUURCAGAUCCUCCUCAUAGGUGACAAAAGCAACAACAACUUCAACCAAGAAGUCUUCCGCACCCUCAGCUUCCCCAAGCUGACCAUGAUAACGGACUACCUGCUGCUGUUCAGAGUUUCAGGCCUGGACAGCCUGAGCACGCUCUUCCCUAACCUCUCCGUCAUCCGUGGCCGUAACCUCUUCUACAACUACGCCCUGGUGAUCUUUGAGAUGACCAGCCUGAAGGACAUCGGCCUGUACAACCUGAGAAACAUCACCCGGGGGGCCAUUCGCAUUGAGAAGAACCCAGAGCUCUGCUACCUGGACUCCAUAGACUGGUCCCUCAUCAUGGAUGCAGAGUUCAACAAUUACAUCGCAGGCAACAAGCAGUCCAAAGAGUGCGGUGACGUUUGUCCAGGCAUCAUGGAAAACAAUCCCAUGUGCAAGAAGACCAUGUUCAACAACAAUUACAACUACCGCUGCUGGAAUUCCCACCAUUGCCAAAAAGAGUGUCCUGAAAAGUGUGGAAGGCGAGUGUGCACAGCUGACGGCGAGUGCUGCCAUCCUCAGUGUCUGGGCAGCUGCUCGCUUCCGGGCGACGACACUGCAUGCGCCGCAUGUGUGCAUUACUACCACAACGGCAGAUGUGUGGCUGACUGCCCUCCAGGCACAUACAGGUUUGAGGGMUGGCGUUGCAUCAGUGCUGAUUUUUGCUCUAAAGUGCACCUUCCAGACUUCGACAUCUUCGUCAUCCACGGGGGAGAAUGUAUGCCUGACUGUCCGUCUGGGUACACGCGAUCCACACCUGACAGCAUGUCGUGCACCGCCUGCGAUGGCCUGUGCGAUAAAGUUUGUGACGGGAAGGUCAUCGACUCUGUGGAUGCUGCUCAGUCUCUCAAAGGCUGCACCGUUAUUAAGGGUGACCUGCAAAUCACCAUCCGCAGAGGCCAUAACAUGGUGGCAGAGCUGGAGAGUUUCACAGGUUUGAUCCAGAGGGUGACUGGUUAUGUCCGGAUCAGACAUUCACACACCCUGAGCUCACUGGCGUUCCUCCGAAGUCUGAGAUACAUCGAUGGAGAAAGCCUUCAUGAAGACAUGUAUGCCUUCUCRGCAUUCGACAACCAGCAGCUCCAGUACCUUUGGGACUGGAAGCAGCACAACCUGACCAUAAAAGCGGGCAAGCUGUUCUUCCGAGCCAACCCGAAGCUGUGUACGUCCGAGAUCCGCAAGAUGUGGGAAAAGACGGGCGUCCGGGGCCGCUUUGAAGAGAGAGACUUCCGAAACAAUGGCGACAGAGCCAGCUGUGAAAGCACCAUCCUGCAGUUUACAUCCAACACCACCAGUGACAAGAGGAUCAAGCUGACAUGGCAGCGCUACCGACCUCCUGACUACAGAGACCUCAUCAGCUUUAUAGUCUACUACAAGGAGGCGCCGUUUCAGAACAUCACAGAGUUUGAAGGGCAGGACGGUUGYGGUUCCAACAGCUGGAACAUGGUGGACGUGGAACUGAGGCCAGAUAAGGAAAAGGACCCYGGGGUUCUUCUUUCCGGCCUGAAACCCUGGACGCAAUACGCCAUCUUUGUCAAAGCUAUCACGCUCAUGGUGGAAGACAAACACAUGCCCGGCGCCAAGAGCAAAGUGGUCUACAUCCGCACCAGCCCUGCUGCGCCCUCCAUGCCUCAGGAUGUGCGGGCCUACUCUAACUCCUCCACGCAGCUGAUGGUCCGCUGGUCGCCCCCCGUCUCACCCAACGGAAAUCAGACUUACUACUGGGUGAAGUGGCAGAAACAAGCUGAAGACAAGGAGCUGUACCAGCAUAACUACUGCUCCAAAGAGCUAAAGAUCCCCAUUAGGAUUGCUGCCACUGGAGACAAAGAGGAGGAUACAAAGCCCACUAAACCAGAUCCUGAUGGAGUAGAUAAGGGUCCUUGCUGCCCCUGCCCCAAAUCGCCAGAAGCCCUGGAGGCUGAAGCUGCCGAUGCCUCCUACCGAAAAGUCUUUGAAAACUUCCUACACAACACCAUUUUUACGCCGAGGCCUCCAGAUCGGCGUCGCAGAGAUCUUUUUGGCGUCGCCAACGCCACCCGUUCUCGCCGCUUCCAUCUUUACGCCAACAGCACUGCGAUUCCCCCCCCUKCGGGCGCCGGCAACGGCAGCGUCCYUGACCCAGARCCAACCGAACAAGAGUACGAGGUCAUGGAUGACAAGGUGACCAACCACGAGCUGCAGAUAACCGGCCUGGAGCCUUUCAGAGUUUACCGCAUCGACAUCCACGCCUGCAACAGGCAGGUUCAGCAGUGCAGCGCGGCCGAGUUCGUCUUCUCCAGGACCAAGCCGGCAGAAAAGACUGAUGACAUCCCAGGCCCAGUGAGCUGGGAGGGCCAUGAGGACUGGGUGUUCCUGCGCUGGCCGGAGCCCAGCCAGCCCAAUGGUCUCAUCCUCAUGUACGAGAUCAAGUUCAAACUGGCUGCAGAGGCCGAGAAGCACGAGUGUGUUUCUAGACAGCUCUAUCGCAGCCAGCAAGGUGUUCGCCUGRCCAACCUCAGUCCUGGAAACUACUCGGUCAGGGUGAGAGCCACAUCAYUGGCUGGCAAUGGCUCCUGGACCCCCACCCUGAAUCUCUAUGUUUCUGAAAGUUCUGAAAGCGUCUUCGCUAUGAUCUUUGUUCCAAUCUUGACCAUCGUCCUAAUCUGCACUUUGGUGUCGGUGCUGGUGGUCUUCAACAAGAAAAGGAACAGCGAUCGGCUCGGGAACGGAGUCUUGUAUGCCUCUGUCAACCCCGAGUACUUCAGCGCAGCAGAAAUGUAUGUCCCAGACGAGUGGGAGGUGGCCCGGGAGAAGAUUUCCCUCUGCCGGGAGCUCGGCCAGGGGUCUUUCGGGAUGGUAUACGAGGGCGUGGCCAAGGGUGUGGUCAAAGACGAGCCGGAGAUCCUCGUCGCUGUAAAGACUGUAAACGAGUCGGCCAGCAUGAGGGAGCGGAUUGAGUUUCUCAACGAAGCUUCUGUUAUGAAGGAAUUUAAUUGCCAUCAUGUGGUGCGUCUUCUUGGUGUGGUCUCCCAAGGCCAGCCCACCCUGGUCAUCAUGGAGCUGAUGACCAGAGGAGACCUGAAGAGUUACCUGCGCUCCCUGCGUCCCAAAGAGCAACAGGUUUCCAGUCUAUCUCUCCCGCCGCUGAAAAAAAUGCUUCAGAUGGCGGGACAGAUCGCGGACGGCAUGGCUUACCUCAACGCCAACAAGUUUGUCCAUCGAGAUCUGGCCGCAAGAAACUGCAUGGUGGCUGAAGACUUCACCGUAAAGAUCGGAGAUUUUGGCAUGACCAGAGACAUCUAUGAGACCGAUUACUAUCGCAAAGGUGGUAAAGGCCUGCUCCCUGUCCGCUGGAUGUCACCCGAGUCUCUGAAGGACGGCGUUUUCACCACCAACUCGGACGUCUGGUCAUUCGGGGUUGUUUUGUGGGAGAUAGCCACUCUGGCAGAGCAGCCGUACCAGGGUCUGUCCAACGAGCAAGUCCUUCGCUUUGUAAUGGAGGGAGGACUGCUGGAGAAACCACAGAACUGUCCAGACAUGCUAUUCGAGCUGAUGCGAAUGUGUUGGCAGUACAACCCUAAAAUGCGUCCCUCCUUCGUUGAGAUCAUCAGCAGCAUCAAGGAUGAGCUGGACCCGUCUUUCAAAGAGGUUAGUUUCUACUACAGUGCCGACAACAAGCCCGCCGAAGCGCCACAGCUCCACCUGGAUAAACUGGACCACUCCACGGAUGUUCCCCUGGAACCCUCUUCGCAGCAGCAGCUGCAGCAGCAGAACCCCCCRUCUCCAAGCYCAGAGGGGGCGCCUGCCCCGUCRCAAGCGCCCGGCUCCCCGUCCUCUCCCUGCACGUCGAGCGCAGUMAUGGACAAGCAGCCUUCGAGCCAGCAGGCGGCCAACGGACUCUCUGGGACUGGCCUUCCCGCGAGCUCGGGAGCCACAGUGCGGCCAAACCUGGACGAACUGCCGCCGUACGCGCACAUGAACGGAGGACGCAAAAACGAGCGCGCCAUGCCUCUCCCACAGUCGUCCGCCUGCUGAUUGGGCAGAAACACGAACACGGUUCACCCACGGACCCGAAGAACCACAUGUCGGACUGGGUGGUUUUCUUCUCUGUUUUUUUUUUUUUUUUUCUCUGUUUGUUUGAAUCACAGUGAAACCUUCUCAACAGGAUAUGGAUGUGGAUAUUUUGAGACUUACAUAAAGAUGGAAAAAAAACUUUCAAAGAGUUAAUGUCCUGCUGUAUGGCCGCACACUUUUCUUUUUCUUUUUUUCAUUUUAAAUAAUCUAGUAUGAGUUUCUACCAGCUGGCUGUUAUUUGUGACACCGCUCCUGCUGCUGAGUGGAAAGACCAAAAAGAAAAAAAAAAAAAGAAAAAAAAAUCUWCAGUAAAAUGAGAAAUCAUAAAAAAAAUAUAUAUAUUUUGAGGGGAGUUAUUUCACUCUCUCUGUGGCUAAACUUAUUUUAUAAAUUGUUAUUUGUUACUUUUUUAUGUUUCUGAAUGAGGAAACGAAACGUGUAGGCCUUUAUGAAUAAUCAGCGUUGUUUGUGUGUGCUUUUGAACGGGCAUUAUGGUGRAAAYAUUAAGCAUAUCUAAAGAUUAACAAGCACUAGAACGAGGUCGCCGGUGGGUCGUUUGUGAAUCCAGCGGCCGUUGGGGUCRAACGUUGGCAUAAUGCCGGGUCAAAAGCCAAUCCGCUGAAACAAACAAUUGGAGAACAGUCAGCUCUGCCAAAUCUGUUGCCAAACUCUUCUGCUUUCACAUUUUCUUAUCCUGUUGCUCCUCAAGAUGCAGUCGUGAAAAUGGAAGGAGAAAACAAACAACAGCACUUUUKAUCUUCCACCACAUCGUUCAUGUAGAGGCCAGACGGACAUCAACUUUCCUCAGCCGUCCUGCUCGGUUUUUCUAGUGCUGACUGCGAUCUGCGGCUUCUCCACUCCGUCAGAUCCCUGCGUAGACUUCAGUCGCGUCAGUUUACCUGAAAUAGAGCCAGCUGCCACAAAGUGCUGUUACRUCGGGAUUUAACAGUGAAUCGUGUAGCAAAAUAUAUACGACAAAACACAACACAAAAAAAAGGAAAGGACUGCAGGGGAAGAGCAGUCAGUAGGAGAACAUGAACGCCAGAUCUGUACAUCUGAGUUUUCCCCCAGGUCAGAGGCAUCCUUGUUGUACACAAACAGGUAUUUUUUUACACUUGUAAAUACUUGCCAACAUUUACAUCUCUACAUGUGCAGAGCAUUUAUGUACAAACCAGUUGUUUUUUCACUUUUUCUAACUUUUAUACAGUCAAAAACUUUCAUCAUGUACAGAAAGAAGCUGCUAUUCCUUAUUUCUCUUGUGGUUUGUAUAUAUAUAUAUAUACAUAUAUAUAUAUAUAUAUAAACUUCUUCAGGUUGGUUUUCAGAUCGGAACAUUUUCACUCCAGUUUCUUUUUUUUUUAUGCUUGUCAUUGUUUUGUUGUUUAUGAACGGAUUUUGUUUCUGCAAUUGAGUAAGAGGUACAAUAACUUGCCUUGCAUUGAAAGACCCGUAUCUUCCUCGCGUCCCCUCUAGAGGACAUCCAUGUUCUCUCGUGCUUUUACCAUCAGAUUCACAAGCCUGGUGUCCAAAUAAAAUCUCAGGUGAAAGAGAAAAGCUAAAUCCUUUUCUGCUCCCUUUUUUUUUUCUUCUUCAUUUUCCUUUUUUUGUGCUGCUGUUACCCAGAGACAUCCUACCUUGUGUUUGUCGUUCUGUGUCAGAUUGUUUUAUCAGUGUGAAAGCAAUGUUUAUCGCCACAAUGAGUAACAAGAAGUUUCCUGGUCUCAAUCUUGUGGUUUGUCCUUGCCCAAGUUGUAUGCAACCAAAAUACUGACAAAAAGUAGGAAAACCAUCAAACGUUUUAGAAUAUAGUAAAAUAUUGUGAGUAAAGUUAUCUGAAUUUGGCAAAAAAAUAAAUAAAAAAUCCUUUUUGAGGGGAUGUAUUCAGACUCUUCAAGUUGGCACAUUUAUAAUUUGAGUUUUCUUGCGUGGAAAGUAGCUGCGUUCUAUUUCAUCAAGCAGCAUUUAUUCAGACUCUCUUAGACUUUUAUCUGAACUAGCUUUUACCAACCUAAGGGUUUCCUAAACAUCCUUAAAACGCAUGGAUAUGUAGUCUGGCUCAGCAGAAAAGCGAUUGCAUUUCCAGACUUUUAUCCAGCCCCCUAUAUUGUAGUUUCUAGUUUUUCAUCUUUAGGGGGUUAAUCUGUGAAAUUAAAUGACUUUUAGUACAUUCCUGUGUACGUCAUUUAGGUUUUUCAUGUCGCUGACUGAGAAGCAACUGCACUGCACCUGAGUGUACGCAUAUAUCAAACAUCUGUAAUUCUGAAAUGUGAAUUUACAGGAACCCUAGACAUACCCUGAACUUCUUCUGACUUAAAAAUAUCAAUUUUGUGUUAAUUUCAGAAGUGGCUAAAUUGCAGCCAGCAAGGAAUCGCUUACAAUCCAAGUGUAAGCAGUUAGAGCACCUUGUAAAUUUGUCCUGUUGUGGUUAAAUGUUGCUCCCAUAUUAAUCCAAAAUGAAUAUUUUAUCUAAUUUUUAAAAACGAGAUUUAAUAUUAAAAUCAUUUUUCUUUUCCUGGAGCUAAUUGAGCUAACUGAGUAGCUUUUUUUUUUUUUUUUUUUUAGCCCGGUCUAUUUACACAAAGAUUAACUUUAGUUCACUAUAUUUAAACAUGUGAAACAGUUCAGUUACUAUUUAGUGUUUCACAGCGAAACAACUGUUUUCUUGAUGGGUUAUCUYUGGUUUGUCAGAAGUUACAAGGAAGCUAGAAAAUGAUGUGACAGACAGAGAGCAGAUUAACAGAAUGUGCACCAAACUAUAACAUUUGCUAAUAAAGGUGGAAACUGUGCGUUACCCCUUACAUCUUUUGUUGUUUCCUACACAUUACAAAUGACGAAAAGUGAAUUUUUGGUUCRCCAUUUUCUGGUAAUUUCCUUCUACUUUUUGUCAGUGUUUCAGUUAAGUUAACUUACAAGCAGAGCAAAAAGCUCUUUCUUUGUAUUUCUUUGUGUUCCAUUUCGACUGGAUCAUCUCACUUGCCUCUCGAUCAAAAGCUUUUUUAGAAAUAUGUGGGCAUCCAUGUGUUUGAAGUAGCUUCUGUUCUUUCUUUUUCAAUAUUUUGUAAACGUUUGAUGUGUUUGUUGAGGAUUUGUGUGACUAAAUGGGACUGAAUUUACCUGCAGCAUUUAGUUUUCCGUUGAAAUGCUUCAAUAACACCAAGAUAUUGUGACCUAAAAGGACUGACGAGAGAAAUACACUAWGAACCCCUUCUGUUGGAGAAAACAAAAUCUCUUCUUCACGUUUGAGCACCAGUAAUGAAACGUUGACCUAUCUAAUCGAGGACCACACGGAAUAGUCUCAAAAGUGACAUUUUAACUCAAUUCCUAGAUGUUUCUGCUAUUUACUUUUUUUUUUUUUUUGUGAAGUGGUAAUCACUGUACAAAUCUUCCCUCGAGUUUUUUUUCCCCCUUUUUUUUUUUGUUUUGUUUUGAUCUCAUAUUUUUAUGUUCUUUCGAUAUUCUGGGAGAAGGCUUUGUUAUUACUUCCUUCAACCAUCCAUCUACCUCACUUUUUGUUUUGUCCAAUCUAUUUACUUGUAUAAAACACAAAAUAUGUCAUCUCAGCUGUUUGAUCUCACUGGGUGCUGUGUAAAGGUCAAAUUCAAACCACAAACCAAACCAUCGUGGAAGCAGGCUAGGGGCUCGGACACAUCGAACAUUCUUUAUGCUACUUCUAGAGAACUUGAUCUUUUUAUAUGGAGAUGCUGAACAAAUAUAUAUAUAUAUAUACAUAUAUAUAUAUAUGUUUUUUUUGUUUUUAUUGGUGUAGCUUCUGUUGGCUAAUGGGCUCUUUUGGGGGUCUGUAUUUGCUGAUUCAAGUGAAACCUAGUGGAAUGCAACAUGAGAAAUGGGAUGGUUUCACUGGACCAUUUCCCUCUACGACACUACAUUGUCUUUCAUUUGUUACAUAUAAUAUUCCUGAGUUGUAGCUUCUUUCUGCCCUGCAGCUGUUCCCACUGAUUUGAUGACUGUAAAUUGAAGAAAUGUCUCUAUGAGAAAGCGCUUUCUCUUAAAGCAGACUUGUGCUAUAUUUUAUCAAGCUUCUUGUUCUAUCCUUUCUCAGCCAGUCUUGCUAUAAAAUACUAAUCAAUUUCUGAAAUCAGGUUUGUUUGUGGUCUGAUUUUUGCCAGAUUUUUUUUUCUUUUUUACCACUGGAACACCUCAGAGGUAACAUAAAAACAAUCAAGUUUUUGUUUCUCUUCCCAACUCAUCCCUCACUUUUUUAUAUACRUGUUACAUUGACAGUUUGUUACAUUUAUUUUAAAAUAUGUAAGUUAUUGAUAGCCUUCCAAGUCCUGGAUUUCUGUUAAAAUGAUUGUUUGGACUGAUGUUUCAUUUUGGUUUUUCUUUUGUACAUGCUGUUGUAAGAUUUUUCUUGUUAUCAAUAUAUUACUGGGAUAAAAUGAUUGGCUGAAGGAAAAGAGAAUGUCUAUUUCCUCGUUCUUUUUUUUCUACACAAAAUUUAAGAUAAAUAAAAAAAAUGUAUGCAG